CCCGAUGCAUUUCAAACAUGAAAAAUUACGUGUUAUCGAUUACGGUUUCCCUGUUUUAUGUUACUACGCGUAACGCAAAACCCACCCUAGAGGACGAUAUAAGGUCGAGAGUGGAUUCAUCCUAUUCGACCCAAGAAGCGAAUUGUUUGAACAAUUUACUGCAAUUACUAGGCGAUAACUUUACAGUCGUUACAAAUUCUGCCAUCAAAAUUAACCACGUCCCUGUGGUAAAUAUAGACCAGCGUUUUAACCAUCCCGUAUCGCUACAUUCGCGAAAAUUAUCUUAUGUAUUUAACCUCAAAAAUCAGAAAGUUCUGGACGCCUUCGCGUUCCACCUGACUCGUGGUAACUUCGAACCGAGGGCCCUGUAUAUUAUUCUGGUUUUUACCAUUAGCGAGACGCCUUUUACGCUCCUCGCGAAAAAUUUCGUAUACAGGGUGUACGUAGUCGACGAUAAUUUUACGGUAUUCACGUAUUCGCCUUACAGAUACGAGAACAUCGGUUAUCCGGAACUCUCUUACUUAGAAUUAGGAAAUUGCAAUGACCCGUUUCAAGGAACGAACUAUACUAAAAGUGUUUCAGCUUAUCCCAGCAAAUGGAGGAACACAACUCUGAGGGUCUUCUACCGCAUAGUGAAGCCGUUCGUUUUCGGAAACGGCAACGGUUUCGAAGAGUUAUUGGUCAACGAAGUGGUGGCUCACCUCGGUAUGAAACUAAACACGAGGAUUGAAUAUCACACCUUCCAGGGUAUUGUGACCGCAAACGGCACUUACCAGAACAAAGGUCUACGCAUGCUUUCGAAAAAAAAGUGCGACUUGGUUAUCGGCGCUUACCACGCCUACGCCCAACGGAAUUUCGACGCCAGCGUCGUCUACGUCAUCGACACGUAUCACUACGUUUUUCCUAAAUCGCAACUGAAAUCGAACUGGGACAGGAUAUAUGACAUUUCUUCUCCCGAAGCGAAAAUGGGGCUGGCGAUUACGAGCGUCGUGUGGAUCGCCUUCGUUCAUCUUGCUUAUGGAGAAAGCGUGGGGACUCUUUUCAAAAUAACAUUCCUAGUCGCCAUUAACGUGGUGGUGCCGACAAUUCCGACCAACAAACACAAGUUUAAGAUCGCUUUGGGUUUUUGGAUUUUAGGCAAUUACGUGCUCAGUACACUCUUCACCACUCGCUUCCAGGCGAUUUUUUGCAGUCAGCAAUUCGCGAAACCCAUGUAUUCAGCGGAAGAUCUAAUCGAGUCCGAUUUGGUGAUUUUGGCAUCUAACGAUACCCUUGCUUCGUACGUCGGCAAACGCGCCACCGAAGAUAUGAUGCUCUACGACCGAAUGCAGCCUUGCAUCAAUAGAACAGAGUGCCUGCUCCGAGUGUGCAGAGAUAGAGCUGCCGCCUUCUUAGCCAGCCAAGUCACUACCCUAUUCUUGGCCUUCGAAAACUGCGUGGAUUUUAAUAGCGGAGAAUUACUGAUCGAUCUCGGCGAAGAUCUCUCUUGGGUAUUCCUGCAAAGUUUUUUGCUCAGGGGAUAUCCAGCGUACGAUGCCAUAGACAAGACGGUGAAACGUUUGAUGUUGUACGGCGGAGUAGCGGUUGCGGAAUAUAAAUACCGCAGGGCGAUAUUUGAGGCGGAACUGGCCAAACGACAAAGGAAAUUGCAAAGCGACGACUUGAGCGUGGAGGAAAUGAGGUUCAUCCUUUUGUUCUGGGCGGGCGGACUAUGUGUCGCCACCUUGGUGUUUUUAUUGGAGCUAUAUUUUUACAAAUACUGCUUUAGUAAUACGGUGAACUCGAUCUAAAACUGGAAUGGCAGCGGAUGCAAAGUAAAGUCAAAUUUACAAUGGAAGAAGGCGGCUAAUAGGGGGAUUUUUGCUAGUUAAAAAACUUUAGAAACCAGAAAAUCAAAAAGUCCAUAAUAUGCAACAAUGUAUAAUAGACGUAAUAAAGAGUAAUAAAAUGUUGUUGGCCUACCAGAUGUGAAUGACAUAAUUUCUUUUGGAUCCGCCACUACUUUAUGUAAUAAAAAUACAUUAUCCUAGUUGCAUUUAUAGGCUUUACGCUUUACCUAAUUUAAACCUUUGUCACAUUUUGAAUCCUAUUAAAAUCGAUUAAAUUAAUAUUUUGAGUAUGGCAGCCAUUUACUAUUAUUAUUAUUAUUUAAACAAAUUUGAAAACAUUACUUGAACCCAGGCUUUACUAUGGAUUUCGAUAGCAUAACGAAAUUUGUUACCGAUAACAAUGAAUAAGUGUUUUUUUAACGCUGGAUUUGAUAAGGAGCACUAGAUGAAGAAGAUCCUCAUUGAUCAACUUUUUCCUACCAUAAAUAAUACUUUUUUUUUGACGUGAAACAAUUUUUAUUAAUUGGCAGCAAUGUAGCCAAAGAGAUUGAAGAACUGACAAUCAUUGAUUAUGAAAACGAGACUGCAGUGUCCAAUAUGGCAAACCUGUGCGAAGCCUGUGCAAGCUUGAAGGAGUUUGAUUUGUCUGAACUACUAUUAAAAUGUGAAUCGGAACAAUCUUUCAUCUUUAAC